UGUGAUCCCUCUCAUCCGCUUGGCGCCACAUAUUCUCCCUGCAGCCGUAUCCACGGGAGCCUCUGGUCUCUCCCUGAUCCAUCGCUUGCCCACCACCACUGGCUGGCUGCCCAUGGCCUCCGAGGUGGCGCUCUCGCCGGCGUCCCGCCUGCCUUCCCUCUCCUCCAGGGCCAGGCCCUCCUCCGCCCUCGCCGCCCGUUCGUCGUCCCUGCCACGACCGGCGCUGAUCUCAAAGUCGCACCAGCACCGCCGCGCCGCGCUCCUCCUCCUCCGGCCCCGCGCCACCGACCAGCAAGGCCAGGUCCAGCAGCAGGAGGAUGAGGUGGUCGACAGCAACGUCCUCCCUUACUGCAGCCUCGACCGGAAGGAGAAGAAGACCAUCGGGGAGAUGGAGCAGGAGUUCCUACGAGCCUUGCAAUCCUUCUACUAUGAUCAGAAGGCCAUCAUGUCCAACGAGGAGUUCGACAACCUCAAGGAGGAGCUCAUGUGGGAAGGAAGCAGCGUCGUCAUGCUAAGUGCCGAUGAGCAAAGGCUGCUGGAAGCCUCCAUGGCCUACAUCGCCGGCAAUCCCAUCAUGACGGAUGCUGAAUUUGACCAGUUGAAGCUCAGAUUGAAGCAAGAUGGAAGUGACAUCGUGACAGAAGGUCCCAGGUGCAGUCUGCGGAGUCGAAAGGUUUACAGCGAUCUGUCUGUUGACUACUUAAGGAUGUACCUGCUGAAUGUUCCAGCAACUGUUGUUGCUCUUGGACUGUUCUUUUUCAUCGAUGAGUUGACUGGCUUUGAGGUCAAUGUGUUCCAGCUGCCAGAGCCUUUCGGUUUCAUUUUCACAUGGUUUGCUGCUUUACCACUGAUAUUGCUCAUAGCACAGUCGGUAACGAAUGCGAUAAUAAAGGACGUAUUAAUCCUGAAGGGCCCAUGUCCAAAUUGUGGUACUGAAAAUCUUUCCUUCUACGGGACGAUACUGUCGAUCGCCAGUGGCGGCACAACGAACAAUGUCAAGUGUGCAAAUUGCAAAACCGUGCUGGUAUAUAACUCGAAAACUCGGCUGAUCACGCUUCCAGAAUCAUGAAAGAAUAAAUUCUGAGGAUGAGCAAAUGAACUGCAUUUGAAGUCUGCAACGAGUGCUUGCUAGCUGAUGCUGUGUACUUAUGUAGUACUACUCCGUAGAAUUUAUUUUCUGUAGAUAUAUGUAAUCUGGAAUUGUGCCUGAUUGGCACGGAUGACUUGCAGAGUGUAUAGAAAACCUAGACGUAUGUGUUAUGUGAGGGUGAGCCUAUGACAUUAAACUGAAGAAAAAAGCAUUGCAGUUCUUGGCAUGCACUACGAAAAAAGAAAAAGGGAAAGCAAGGUGCGUGCUUGUAAGGCCCAUUAUAUUAUUCAUGUCUGGCCCAUGGGCCUACGGCCUUUCGAAAUCA